AUGGGCGGCGAGAGUAGGUAUAAUCGCGCGGUCGUGUACACGGAGCCUGGCACCACUAAGACCGAGGUCGUGGAAGUUCCGAUACCGAAACCUGGGCCGGGAGAAGUACUGAUUCGCCUACAGUAUUCUGGCGUCUGCCACACUGAUUAUGGCUUCUGCAUGAAUGCUUUCUCAUCGGUACCCUUUCCUACACCCAAAGGAGUUGGUAAAGUUGUUGCAAUUGGAACCGGUGUAACAUCACCUGCGAUUGGUGACAGAGUAGGGAUUAAGUACGCGGCUGACGCAUGUCUGAAUUGUGAUCGAUGCCUUCAGGGCGGCGAGUCAUCAUGUGCGGAAGUUAAGCUGUCUGGCUAUUUCACCCCAGGAACCUUUCAGCAGUACUGCGUAUCAACAGCGCGAUAUGUCACGCCGAUUCCCGACUCUCUGGACUCAGCGCAAGCGGCGCCUUUGAUGUGCGGUGGCGUCACAGUCUAUACCGCACUCAAGCGUGCGAAAGCUCGACACGGUGAUUGGGUCGUUAUUUCUGGCGCUGGAGGAGGUAUUGGUCAUCUCGCCAUUCAGUAUGCGCGCACGCUCGGCUGUCGCAUCCUCGCCAUGGACCUAGGUGCAAAAGAGAAGUUCUGCCGGGAACUUGGCGCUGACGAGUUUGUCGACUUUACAACGUAUCCUAACGAGGAAGAUCUUACCGCAACAAUCAAGAGGAUGACAGGCGGCGGUGCCCGAAUCGUGCUGAUGUGCUCGUCGAACAAGAAGGCCUAUAUGCAGUCUCCGAGUUGGCUGGGUUUCCGAGGCAAAUUAGUUUGCCUCGGUGUUCCUGAACGCAAUAGCGUGACCAUCGCAGACGUUGAGCCUCUGCUCGCGGAUGAGCUUACUAUUUUUGGUGUCAAGACCGGCAACCGACUCGAAGCCAAGGAGUGCCUAGAAGUUGCAGCACUGGGCAACAUCAAAACUCACUUUCAACUUCGACGAAUGACAAGCCUGACUAAGAUUUUCGCCGAAAUGGAAUCAGGAGAUAUUCAAGGGCGAGUAGUCAUAGAUUUAAAGUAG